CGGAUGUUUGGCGCCGCGCUGCUUCCAUCUUGACCGUUGGAGGUGAGAUGGCCGUGAAGUGUCUCUGGUUCCUGUGAAGUCGGAGCGGGCUGUGCGGACAGACCAGCGGGAGGCCAGGAACCGCUCCGUUUCCCCGCCGGGUCUCCUUCCUUUUACCCAGUUUGACGGUAAGACCGGAGGAAGAGCUGCCCGGUCUGCCUGCAGGUUUGACUCUGAUUCAGUUCAGGAGCUGAAGGACCAACGUCUCCAUCCACUCUCCUCCUGAGAUCAGACCUGGAGACCCGGUUCUGGUUGUAGCCCAGUGGUGAGGCAGCCCGGCUGCCCCUCUGCCUCCAGAUGAAUGAAGAGCCCACCGGGUCACAGAGACACAGCUGAUGCAGGGCAUGCAGGUGUUUCUGCAAACAUGAUGAAGAAGAAGAAUCCACACAAAAAGCAUAAGAGCAGCCUGGGCCCGCCCACCAAGGUUCUGUCCCAGCCGCGGCGCAACAUCGUGGGCUGCAGGAUCCAGCACAUCUGGAAGGACGGGGGAGGACACGUGGUGUGGAAGGGAACGGUUCUGGAUCAGGUGCCUGUGAAUCCGUCGCUCUACCUGAUAAAGUACGACGGGUUUGACUGCGUUUACGGCCUGGAGCUGCAUAAGGACGAACGGGUUCAGGGCCUGGAGGUUCUGCCCGACCGGCUCACUAAGUCGCGCCUGACGGACGUUAGCCUAGCCGACACCAUGAUCGGGAAGGCCGUGGAGCACAUGUUUGAGACGGAGGAGGGCCCGAAGGAGGAGUGGAGGGGGAUGGUUCUGGCCCGCGCCCCCAUCAUGACCACCUGGUUCUACAUCACCUACGAGAAGGACCCGGUUCUGUACAUGUACCAGCUGCUGGACGACUACAAGGAGGGCGACCUGCGCAUCAUGCCCGACUCCAACGACAGCGUCCCGGCGGAGCGGGAGCCCGGCGAGGUGGUGGACAGCCUGGUGGGCAAGCAGGUGGAGUACGCCAAAGAGGACGGCGGCAAACGAACAGGCAUGGUCAUCCACCAGGUGGAGGCCAAGCCGUCCGUCUACUUCAUCAAGUUCGACGACGACUUCCUCAUUUACGUCUACGACCUGGUCAAGACUUCGUAAAGACUCUGCGGACGGCGCCACCCCGACGUGACGGAAAGUAAAAAGAAGCAGCAGCUCAUGCCGACGCGACUGAAGCAUUUAACCCAGCACACGUUAAUCCGACCAUCCAAGACAAAAACACUGAGAUUAUUCCCAACGGGAUGAAGGCGAGUGGAGGGCGUCUCAAAACCCUUCGCAGUAAAUUAUCAUUUCAUUUUACGUUCCACUUGAAUUGGUUUGAAGCCGUUAAACCUUCCAGGAUGAAGAAACGGGUCCGUUUACUUUUUUAAUUGGGGAAAAACCAUGAAGGUUUUUUGUUGAAGCAAAGCAGAUCCAUGGUAGCCGACUUCGCCUGGAAAAAUAAAAGAAGUAAAACCUGAACUUUGUUGAUUUCCAGUGAAAAAAAUUCUCUGAUCAAAUAAAGAGAAGAAGAAGAAGACUGGAGUUCUGGGAAUGAAGGAGUUACACUGUUUGGACUCUUUAACUCAGUGUUUAUGAUCCUUUUUAAUCAAGAAGCAUAUAUGGAGGCCCAUUUCUGCCAAAAAUAACACCGACAAAUAAUUAGAAAUUUUUAAAAUUGUACCAUGGAUCAGUAUUAUCACCUAGAAAAAAUAGUUUAAAAAUAUGUAAGAAAAUAUUUUACCUGUUUUUUCAUUGUUUAAAAAUUAGAAAUUAAUCAAUUAGCACAAAUUAACAAGCCCUCACCCCAACGUUGAUUUUUAAGAAUAGAAAACUUAAUGUUUGGCCUUUUUCUCAAAUUCUAGCUGAUUGAGUUCAUUUUCUGAGAUUCAUUUUUCUCCGCAUCACAAAUGACAUUCAGUGCAGAAUUUUUUUCUAAAAAAAAUAAAAGCUGCCUAGUCACAGAUUAAUCACGGACAGGAAGUUGGGCAUGAAAAAUAUCCUUCAAAACUCUGAGAUAAAGAAAAUAACAUCUGUAAACAUCAGCCUCCACACUUCCUGACACCCCUGGUGGCCGCGCCAGUCUGAGUACCAAACUCUGUUUUCUCUGAGAGGCAAUCAGAUUUUUAUUCCAGAUGUCCUGACAUUACAAAGAAUUAAACGGUAGAGAAACAGGCCCACAGCAUCACACAUCCUCCACCAAACUUAACAGUUUUUCUCAUUUGUUUCACAGCAGAAACAUCCUGUAGCGUUUGUUCCUGCUCAGUCAUAAACUGCUUUUCCAUUACAAACCUGCACAAAUCUUUGUCAAUAUUCAGCUAAUGUUUAAAAACUGCGGUGUUUUGAUUGCAUAAUGAACACAAUUAAAAUAAAAUCACACUUGAAUAAGUUCAGCACCAUCACUCUAAAACUACUUCCUGUUGUCAUCUUCUUGGUUUCCACCAGUAGCAACAUCCGGUUGUUGGUCACGUGACUCAUAAAGCAAAAACAUUUGUUUCUGUUGCAUUUUGCAAAAUAAAUCAAUUUUCAUAGGGCCACAAAAUCCCCCUGUUGCUAGCAUAGCACCAAAACCUUUUAUUGAAAAACGAGAGAUUUGUUUUUUCCAAAUUAAUGAAUAAAUUAAUGAAUUUAUUUUCGAAAAAUUGAAUUAUGCAAUUAAAUGUUUAGUAGAAAUGCAGCUACUGCCCUGCACGUUUAUAGCAUCAAAAUUGAGUGUUUUUUUUAUUUUUAUUUUUUUUAUUAAGAUUUUAAAUUUAAUUGUUGAGUUUUUUAACAUUUUUUAGGUUGAGGUUGUUACUGGAAUAAUUCAUGCCUUCGUUUCGUUUCUUCACCAGGGAAGCCAAAAACUGUGGAGGCUGCUGAGCGUUUGUGUCAAACAGUAGCUGGACAUGUUGGUAGAAAACUGGUGAAAGUGUUUAACAUCCAGCUGUUGUACAGAUAAACCAAUCAAACGUUUUCAUCCCAUUAUAUGCUACCUACACAGGCUCAAUGUCAAAGUAUUCAACAUCCAGAGAAAAAAAUCAACAACUUCUUGUCUUGAAGACGUCUGCAGGUAAAAACUGUGAAGAAAAAAAACGUGGCUGUUUUUGUAUUUUUUUUUUGUUUGUUUGUUUUUGAUCGAUGCCAAAAAAAAAAAAAGGAAGUCCCUUUCUUGUCGUUGAGUUGUUUGGUGUUUAAAAUGAUCUGACAACUUUUUCUUGUGAUUUCACUCAAGCCUUUAAAUUGAAUCGUGUUCGUCUUUUCUAAGUCGUCAAUGAAGGAGCGAUGGACGGAAAAAGGAGGCCGGAGAUUCGCCCGUUUUCUGUCGUUUUGUUGUUUAUUUUUGACGGGAUGAUUUUGGAAGAUUUUGGGCUUCUGAAGUCAGAAAUGAAAGGAGAAACGAAUCAGCUUUGGAGCUGAAAAUAAGAAACAUUUGGAGGUUAAUUUUUGUUUGGUCCCGUUUCUUUUUGCUCUACAACAAAAGUAGCCGAGACUUAACCUGGACAGGUUUUUAUUUAAAUCAUGUACACAGUAAAUGAACAUCCACUGAAGGUUUAAAUUUCUUUUUCACUAAUGUACUUAUUGUUUUACUUUGGAUUUAGUCCAGACUGAAGGUUUUCCAUAAACUUGUUUUCUGGCUGGCAGAAACUUUGAAUUUUUAAGUAAACGUUUUAAAUCUUUCCACUGAUUUCUCAGAUUAAUUUCCACAUCAGGCAUGUAGAUUAUGGGAUGUCCCAAUCUUACUGACAAAAGUAGCAAAAAUGCAGAAAGGCAGCUUCUUUAUGGUUAAAACAUUAAAAAUGCAAUUUAAUUUCCUUCACUAUUUCAAAUAUAUUAUUUAUUUAUGUGGUUUCUCAACAAAAAUAUAUAAAAUGUACAUCCAGAUUUCAGAUACCAAACCGUUUAUUCUCUGUGAAGCAUCUUUAUAACAUUCAUCAUAAUGUUAUAAAAAAUAUUAGUAAUGGAAAAAAAAUUUGAUUUUGUAAAUAUUAACAUGUUAUAUUCCAUAAUAACAAACUAAUUUAUUCUAAAUGCAGUAUUUUAUUUUGUAGUACCUCUCAUUGUCAUUACUGUAAAAUCUCAGUGGUACUGCUCAACUGUUGUAGCAUUUAGCAUAACUGUCAUAAAAAGUCUUCAGUAAUGUUAAGGUAUAAAUUUGUUUUGUUUAUAUGAGGAGAAACAAGAUCUGUGUUUAUAUUAAUGACAAAAUUUUAAAAAGUACUGUGGCAAAAAAAUUAAAAUACUCAUGCAUAUGGCUACUUAGCACAUGCUAAAUAGCAUCUUGCUAGUUAGCAAAUGCAUGUUAGCUUUAAUUUCUUUAAUUUGAAGAACUGUACAUAUACUGAACAUUGUCAAUCACAAAGUUAAUAAAAAAUAUAGCUGCAGUGGUUUAAAGCUAAUGGUAUAUUUUCAUGUAGGCUAACUAGCAUACGACUUAGAUGUCUAUGGUACUAGAUAAAUGCUAAGUUAAGCUAGUUAGCUAUAUGCUGACUAGGUUGAGUAAAAUAAAGCUUAACAGGAUGAGUUGUGGUACAUUUUGUUUACUUUUUCUGCUAUAAUGUUCAGAUCUCAUUUAGAUAAAAGUUUUAACAACUGAGUUUUAACAACUCAGUCAGUUGUUAAAACUUUUAUCUAAAUGAGAUCUGAACAUUAUAGCAGAAAAAGUAAACAAAAUGUUGGCACUAAGCAAGUUAGCUUAGAAGUUCUCUCAAUGUUAAUCAGUGACUACAGAUUUAACAUGAAAGUCAAUUUUUCUCAUUUAAAUUCUUUUCAUUUUUAUGUAACAUUACAUUUGCUAAUAAAAUUUUAAUAUUGUUCCGUUUUCAGUCUGACAAAUUUUAAAGAAUAAUUUUCAUCUUUGAAUUAUAGGCACAACGUUAUUUUUAUUUUUUGACAGUUAAUGAAUUUCAAUAGCAGUGGUCCAGAAAUAAUUUUUAUGACAGUUUUUGCUCCAUGGUAAUUAUUAUUUGGCUGAAAGUGUUUUAGCAUUAUGUUCCAGCUCAUUUUAGCUAAUUCUGUUAUAUACUAUGUGUUUGCAUAAAAUGCUGCAGUGCGCUAACAAAGAACCAAGACUGAGUCAAAAUGUUUUCAAAUGGUUUUUUUAAGCAUUUUUUUGUUCUGGAUAAUUUUACCAUACAGUAAUCCUUGUUGUUUUACAUGACAACUAGCAUAAAGCUAAAAGUACAAUGGCAUUCUAUACAAGCUAAGUAGCCAUUUGCUAACUUGUAUAGAACCCUGUUUGCUGAUUUUCAGAUUUUCAAAGUCUCUCAGAUGGGAACAUCCCUAUAAAAAUCUACCAAUACGAUUUCUUAAGCGUCAACAAAUCUCAAAAUGUUGCUAGCUUAACGUUUAGCUUUGGACUUUCAUUUCUGUUUUUAUUACCAAUAUUCAAAAAGUCCUAAAUAAAAUCAAUAUAUAAAUCUUGUCACUGUUGAACAGUUUAUUUGGGGGAAAAUUUGGUGCCUUUUUUUUGGCUCGACAGAAAAUGAUGGCGUAUGUAAAACCUUCAGUGUGAGUGUACUCCUGUGACGUAGCUAGUUACUGAGGCAGAAAACGGCUAAUAUCACAUCUGUUCAUAUAUAUGUAUAGAAAAAAAUAUUCUCCCAGUGACCUUUGGGUCUCUGAAGCUGUGCAGCUGUUUGGUUUUUAUUAAGCGUAUGACUGAUCAUCUCAGCAGGACACUGUUUUAAUUAGCAAACACGCCAUCGGGUCAUCACUGAGCUGUGCUUUCGGUUGGUUUAGCUCAUUUUGCUGUACGUGAUAUCAGACUAUUGUGGUUAUUGUUGGAGCGAUUUGGGCCUUCCAUCAUCCUUCUGCCUUGUAAUAUUUGUUUUUGUAUGUUCAAAUAUGUAUGUUAAUAAUUUUUAUUGUUAAUGGAUAAACUUA